GUUCUCCUCCAGAUUCAUUAGACCUGCCGCCAGCACUUUUGCCAGAGCUACUCCUCGCCCUAUUAUCACCAAUACCCCUUCAAUUGCUUCCCGCUUUUUCACCACUUCGUCGCCCAAGAUGACUGUCCACAACAUUGCUACCGUCGAGGAGUUCAAGGAGGCCAUUGCCAAGAACCCCAUCGUUGUCCUUGACGCUUUCGCUACCUGGUGCGGUCCUUGCAAGGCCAUCGCUCCCACUGUCGCCAAGUGGUCCGAGGAGCCUCAGUUCAAGGACACCGUCUACUUCGCCAAGUUCGACGUCGACGCCCUUCCCGACCUCGCCCAGGAGCUCGGCAUCCGCGCCAUGCCCACUUUCGUCAUCUUCAAGAACGGCGACAAGGCUGACGAGUUCGUCGGUGCCAACCCCCCUGCUCUCCUGGCCACCAUCACCAAGCAACUUUGAAUAAAGAGCGGAGAUAUGGGAUAGAUACAACAGGAUGAUACCUAGAAAUAGAUAGGGAAUGCAAAGUUUAAGCAAUUCGGAACAGCACUUUGUGUGAGCGCCUACCUACAUGCGCGCAUGUGAGUGAGCAGGGCUGGGAAGGGAGGCUGUCUGGCUAGGUAGGCUGUGGUUAGAGUGUCAUGGUUACAU